UCAAUCUUUCGAGGAAGACUCUGAAUAACAUUGCUCCUACUAGUUUGAUUCCGUGAACCUAUCUUGUCGUGUUAUUGUUGCCAUAAAAAUGUAAAAGUUCGAGAAAUUCACUUACAUAAAUUGGCCAAUUGCGCUAAUAGAUAAGCAUAGUUGCACGCGUAUCUUGUCUACAAACGAAACAUCAUCAAAAUUAAAGUGCAUCAAUUUUUUGCAAAUAAUUUCAAAGUUUAGCCACAAGAAAAUGUGAGAAAAGCCCAAGUUUGAAUUGAUUUAAGCAUAUACAGAUAUAUAAUACAGCUUUUGAGUUUUUUUUAGGACUCUCAGUGAUUUAUAAGAAGAUAUCGUUGGAACAUAACAUGGAUCACAACAUAACUACACAUCACCAUGACAUGACUAGAGUACCGGAUUUUGACACAACGGAUUUUGGCCUAGAAAACUCCACACCCUAUCCACUGUAUGCAGACGAGUACGCUACUAUUUUUAACCCACUGUACAUCAUACACAUAAUGUGGCUUCUUGUAUCUAUAAUUGUGAUUUCCCUAGACAUCUACCUAAUAGUUGUAAUCAAAAAAUUCAAAACCCUUGAAAACGCGAGAUCUUACAAGUACCUUCUUGUCUAUGCCAUAUCGCACUUGUGCUACAUGCUGUUGUCAGAUUGUAUAAGCAUGUUUCUUCGCAUGAUAUCACAGGGUUUGUCAACUACAGGCACAUGCCUCGUUUCAAGCAUUGAUUAUGCUUGUAUUGAAAUGGUUUCCUAUUCUCUAACUUUCAUGGCAAUUGACUGGUAUGCCUUUCAUUAUUAUAAGUGGUUCCAUGACAAGUAUUUGAAGGUUUUUAAUCAUGGGAUUUUAAUAGCUUUUUUGAUACUCCUUCUUAAGACCUUCGUAGUUUUUAUAACUUGUUUUGUGAAUGAAUCACAUAUAGAAGAGAUGGAAGAAGGUUUUUAUUUUCUCGACUAUUUCAGGUUAAUUUCAUUUUUUGUCUGUUUCAUCACAAUUAUGGCGAUAUUUCUUAUUUGGAAGCGUAAAAACACUAGUAAUAUUGCCAAAAAGUACGAUUAUUCUAUAGUAGUUCCUUGGACAUAUUUCUUGAUGUCAUUACCACUUAAUUUAUACGAAGUAGUCCAUCUUUUCGUGGAAUAUGAACACUAUAAUGGUCAUUAUAUUACCUUCCUGAUGUCACUGGCUAUUUUGUCAUAUUUUGGUGUGAUUGUAGUAGUGUUCUUGCUAGGGAAACACGACAAGCACUUCAAAAUGGCGUACUUGAAGUGCUGCAAGAGAAGAUAUAAAAACAAUAAUUUUCAGGAUGAAGUUUCGGAUGACGGUAGUGAGGAAAACGGAGUGACUUAUAACGGACAUAUCGUUAGUUUAUAGUUUUAGUUAUGUUUAAUUAUAUUUUAGAUUUAAUAAAUUGUUUUAAAAUAUU